AUGUCGCAACACAUUCAGCAACAGAUAACGCAAAACACGUGCAGGAAAAGAGCGCGUGAGAAAGAGUCAUCGACCUCAGUAUCAUCUGGAGUGAAUCUUGUCGAUCGUGUUCCGAAUCAUUUUACUAAAAUUCCUCGACCUCCGCCACCUUCUCAUCCACGAAAAUCCUCCUCUCGUCAACUUUGCAAGACCGAUCCUCCUAGACCGUCCUCACUCAUCACAACUCAACCGUUCAACCGCCUUACAUCCCAUCCUUCAUCCGACGCUGAAAUCCCCGUUCCUGACACCAGCCCACGACAAAUUCAUGCUCUUUGGACACUUGUCAUGCCGCCGAAGAAGGCUGCGAGUGGCAUACCCCAGAGAGUCUUACCGCGGAGAGGCGCGGCAGCGAGCAGAACCGCUAACCAAAAAACAGAAGUCGAGACAGCAAGCCGUCUGCAAAAUGUUGCAUAUGACGCCGCGACAGCCAUUUCUCAGAACACCACUAUGACUAAAGGCACCGCUAUUACCAAGGAUACCUCUGUCUCAAGGCUCACUGCGGUAGAGAAAUGGCGGCAAACUGUGCUCGUUCCUCGAGGCAUUGAGCUUGUCAAUAGUCCACUUUACGAGUCCGCCUUCUACCACUUCCAUUAUUUCGGAACCGAUGAAGAUCAGUGUCGGGAGUGGACACUCAAUCGUGUCGAAUCUGGGAAGAAUGAGGAUAUGGUGUUCUUGCGUGGAGGGCCCGAUUUUAACACGAACAUCGCCCGACAAUACAAGGAAAUGGCCUCUCGUCGUCUCUGUGAAGAGGAGUUUGCUACCCUUGCCAAAACAAAGUUGUUUACAACACCGGACUUCCUUCCGAUCGAAGGAGAAGCCAAGGGAUGGAAGGCUCAAAGGACGAUUCAGCUCUAUACGCAGCCUGAUUCCAGCAAGGAUUCGCUUUGGGGCCCACCACCAUUGCUCAGUGGAGAGGAAUAUUCCGGCAAAGAUUUUAAUCUCAGGCCGGACUGCGCAUAUUGGCUCUCCAUUCAAUCGUUCUCGGAGAGCAACAGAGGGCUGGUCAGUAUGGCCACCUUCACUGUCGAAGAUAGGGACACCACCCCAUACCUGACCAUUGAAUUCAAGAAAAGCGAAAGCACUGUCGAACAGGCGAUCAAUAAGGCCAUUGCCGCGUCUUCAUUGGCACUCUUUAAUCGGUUUCGCUUGAAAGAGAAUAGUCUGAGAGCUGCAAAGAAGAACUGGAAUCCGAACCAUUUUGAUCAAAUACGGCAUUAUAUGAUGACCUUUACUGGGCCUAAGGCUAUCAUUUGGCUUGUAAAGCUCAAGUUGUCAGCCGCAUCUGAUGAAAGCUGCUCUAAAGUUACUUGGAACGGCUGCGAGGCGGUAAGGCUGUUACAGUGUGACUGUAAGUCCGCCGGAGGUGUUGGUGACCUGGUCGACUACAUUAACGCGAUUCAUCGGUGGGGUUUGGUACAUGGCGCAUAUUGUAGACGAGAUGUCAAAAGGAUCAUAUUAACAGCAGGAGGGUUCGAAAAACGUGUCUCUGAUCUGUUUGACCCUGAUGACCCGAUUGAGGAUGAGGAAGAUGGGCAGGCUAUGAAGACCAAAGAGUGA